AUGUUACGACUCAACCUGCUCUCGUUGAAGAAUAACCUGAACGACAAGUCGGCCACUACAGCUGUUGUUAUUUUGCAGGCGGAUUGGGCCAUCCUAUUCUUCCGACCUGGCAAAACGAUACUCAAUAUGCAGCCCGCCCGGGGCUACUAUCAAGCGCUGGCCGCCGCGACGGGCUUAGUGGUCAUUCAGGUUGGCAUCGGCAUCAUCCUGAAGACCGCGCAGACCAACGGCUCGUAUUCUUUCUCGACAUCCGGCUCCGUCAGCUUCUCCGAGCUAGCCAGCGGAGUUGGACCCAGGACCCGGGCGGCAGAGAACCACGAUUUUCUCCCCAUCAGCUCGACGGAUGCCUCCGAUGAACAAGGAGUGCACAACGGCCAAGACGCUCUCGGCGACGAGUAUGUUUCUGCACAGAGCAAGUGCUUCAGCGCAACUGUGCCCUCAAAAAUGGACGUGGGCGCACUCUGGAGCUACUUUCGCGGCGAAGUGACUAGGGAGAAGCAGUUCGGCUUCUAUAUUUUGGCCCUUUGCUAUACUCUCAUCAACAAUUCGGUCUUUCUCAGCUAUCAUCUGGCGGAUCCAGGGACUGUGCAGUUGAGCAAAACGGGCGGAACGUUGAUCACCGCCAUCAUCAUGGCUUCCACCCUCAAGACUGCCAUCUCUCGCACCCAAUGGGCAGCAGUUCUUCUUCAGGUAUUCGGCCUAAUCCUAACGCAAUACAAGCCGGGAACCGGUUCAACAUAUCCCGCCAGUACAUAUGCUGUUCUCUUCUUCCAAAUCUUCAUUAGCGCAUCGUCGGGCGUCUAUAACCAGCACCUAUUGAAAAGUAGCAAUACAAGUAUACACGCCGACAAUAUGCUUUUAUACGCCUUCGGUGCCGGCAUCAACAUUCUCUGCCACAUCUUUAUCUUCUGUCUAACUCCCAACGAGCCGCACUUUCUCCAGGGAUACCAUGAUAUUCGCGCAAUCCUCGUCAUCGUCAGCCAUAUUUUUAUCGGCCUUGCCAUUACUUCAGUCUUAAAAUAUGCCGAUGCCGUCGUUAAGUGCCUUGCGACGGCUGUCGCUACGGGAAUUCUCCUCUACAUCUCACCAAUGCUUUUCGGAUCCGAGCUAGGAGCUUUCGUACCCAUUGGCACCAUUAUAGUCUUCUUUGCCUCGUGCCUCUACAUGGCCUAUCCGGCUCCGCAGCCCGGCCCCGUUGCUCCCUUGGCGGGCGACAGUCGCUCUCCUCAAAGGUUUACGAGACAUGGCAGCCUUAUCCUUGGCUCAUUGACCAUCACUACGAUUGGGAUAGUCACGUUCAUGGCCAUGUUCAAAAACAAGGCCCCGAUCAGCGUCCUCCCGGAGAACCAGAAUGUGGCGAAAAAUCCGACGAGCGCAUCCCCCUUUCAUGACGUUCUCGCCAUGGUUCGCUGGAACUCGGCCCAUCCAGAACGCAUCCCUUACGUUAUGAAGUACCAGCCGUUCUUUGAUACUGUUCACAUCUCCAUUCCCGACAUGAUGCCGGGUUACCCGACUGAGGCCUACAAUUGGACACACGACCAGUUUCCAGGAACUUUCACAAUCUACCAUCAAGUUGCCGAAAUAAUGCAACUGGCGCUGGCCGGCAAGUCUAAUAUCAAGGGACUAAUUGCAUGA